AUGCAAGGUCAAAAAUUUGCUACUACUUCCUGUCCUCCAGGUUGGAAAUUAUAUGAAAAGCAAUGCGUUGGCCAAAUUGCAUUGCUUAAAACUUAUGAUGACGCACGGCUAUAUUGUCAACGAUCUAUGAACGCUGACCUAGUUGUUAUUGACAGUCAAACAAAGGAAACAUUUAUGGAAACUUAUGUAGCAAGCACUUACUCAGGUGCAAGCUGGAUAGGAUUAAAAGAUAUGACAGGCGAUAAUAAUAAAAACAGCCAUAUAUGGUUGCCUAUCAAUAAGUCAGUAACUGAUGUGGGCUACAGUAAUUGGCAUCCAUUAGAACCCAAUGUGCUGUCACAUUUUUGCAUCAUAUUGUACAUGGAUGGUACGCCUGAAUGGAGAGAUCGAAAUUGCUACGACAAGUAUUACUUUAUAUGCGAGAGACCUUUCAUAUCAGAUGCAACUGAUAAGACCAAAACAGAUUCGAUGCCAAUCAAUAAUUACAGACGCAAUCUCGAAGAUUUAAAAUUAUCCGAGUCUGCUUCUUUGGUUUCUUUAUCUUCAUCAAUAAAGCAUCCUCCGGAUAAAGAUGUUGCAUUGCAAACUGAAAAGCUGAGUAUGUAUGAGGCUCCGACGGUAGCAACAUCCUUAGCAGUCCCAAUUAUGCAAACAAUUGAAUCGUUUGCUAAUGAUUUUAGGCAAUCAACGACAAUACCAACAGGCAAUAUGCAGACCGUUGAAGACGAAAUCAUACAAACAUCACCAACCGUAGCAGAAUUCAGAAAGUGCAACAUAUUGGAUAACAGAUAUUUGAUAACGAAAAAUCCCCAAUAG